AUGUUCCCGUAUUCUCACGUGCUCGCAGGUAGCGUGCGUUCCGUGUAUACAAGAUUCCCACAGUCUCACAGUCUUUUAUUUGCCACUUGUGUGGCAUGUCUCACUGGUUUUUUAUUUGGGUUUUCUAUAGCUUCGUUGACACCGUUAUUACCUACAAACGCUUAUCGUCAUUAUUUCCAUCAUCCAGAUUCUACAGCCUCGGGCGGGAUCCAAGCUGCCAACUCUGCAGGCGCUGUCUUCGGAUCAUUAUUAUCACCAAGUGUUUCCGAUGCUCUGGGUAGGAAAUGUUCACUUCAUGUAAGUUGCAUAUUAUGGUGUAUUGGUUGUGGCAUUCAAUCCGGUAGCACAGGCGUCGCCAUGCUUGUUGUGGGCCGUGUAAUAGCCGGUGUUGGCAUUGGGUUUGGUGUUGCAGCAGCUCCAAUGUAUUGUGUUGAGUUGGCUCCUCCAAGAGUUCGUGGUACUGUUGUCGGGAUCUUCCAACUAGCAGUCACUGCAGGCAUUCUGGUACUGUUUUUCAUUGGUUAUGGAUGUUCGUUUCUCCAUUCAACAGCAGUAUUCCGUGUCACUUGGGCCUUACAGAUCGUCCCCGGAAUCGCCGCCUUCUUUUUGAUUUUCUUCAUCCCGGAAUCUCCAAGAUGGCUGGCAAGUCAUAGACGAUGGGAUGACGCGACGCAAAUCAUUUGUCGGAUUGGCGAAACCAGAUUGCUACGCAAACGGGAUAACAGGAAAGAACAGAUCUCCAUGCAACUAGACGAGUUGAAAGAUUAUAUCUUGACCGAUCGCUACGCUGCAGUGUUCUCGUACCGUGAUCUAUUCAAACGCAAGACCAUUAUGAAAACAAUCGUCGGAUUUUGUUCGCAAAUGUGGCAAGCCCUGUGUGGAAUCAACAUGAUCAUGUUCUACGUGACAUAUAUUUUCCAGAUGGCCGGCUACAAAGGAUCCUCUCUUAUCGUUGCCAGUUCCAUCGAAUGUAUUUUGAAUUUCGUCUUGACCAUUCUCGUCCUCUUUGUAUUGGAUCGGAUUGGAAGACGUCCCUUGCUUAUCGUCGGCGGUAUUUUCAUGUGCAUUUUCAUGUUCAUCAUAAUGGCAUUGCUGGUGUCGUUUUCUGUCCCGGCCCCCGAGGGCGGUUGGGAAGGUAAUCCAACAAUCACAAUCUACAUCCCAGACCAACACAGCUCGGCGGCUAAAACCGUCAUCGCCAUGUCGUACCUCUUUGUCUGCACUUUCGCCACCACAUGGGGUGUCGGAAUCUGGAUCUACUACAACGAGAUCUUCAACAACACUGAGCGCGCUAAGGGCACCGCGUUUUCCGUCUGUGGCAACUGGCUUUGCAAUUUCGCCAUCGCCCUCUUCAUCCCUUCAAGUUUCAAAUCCAUCACUUGGAAAACGUAUAUCAUCUUUGGAGUCUUUUGUUUUGUUCUGAUAAUCCAUACUUUUCUCAUGUUCCCUGAAACCAACAAAAAGACUCUUGAAGAAAUAGAUUUGAUGUGGGACUCUCACAUCCCGGCAUGGAAGUCCACUCAUUGGAAGCCAGAGGUCAAACAAAUACAAGAUCCCUGCGAAUGCACCACUAAACAGGAUUCCCCUACCCCGCCCAUUAUAGAAAAGCCUCAAUCAUUACAUAUUGAGAAACCUUUCGAAACUAUACCUCAUGUUAUUUAUAACGAACCACCUUUGGCUUAUACUAACACCCAAGAUACACCAAUUAAUGAUACACUUCAUGACACGUUUAACGACAUGCAUAUUGCUAUUCCUCAUGGCUCAUUUAACAACUCGCAUCUUGCCAUAUCUCAUGACACGUUCCCCGACAUGACCGCUCACGUCUCCCCUCAAGUGUCUUCUAAUGAUUCACUUCUUGCCCCUAUAACCUCCGCCAACAGAGGCAACAUUACUAAUGACGCAUUUAUCCUAAGUAAUAUUAAAAUUCAACAGCUCUCCACUCCUUACUAA